GUGUGUCUCUAGGUACACUGAAUAAAAUUGGAACGAUACAGAGAAGAUCAACAGUAUCCAUGAUACAAAUGAAGCAUGUUGGUGUUGUUUCUGCUUCAUCUCUGUCUCUAUCAAAUUCGCGACCCUUAGACAGGGUCGCAAAAAAUGAUGAUAGAAAAAAGGAAAAAAUAAUAUUAUCGAGAAAUCUUGAUGAUUGGAUGAAUGCGUCUAUGGUUGACAUUGUUAAGAAUUUGAAACAAGCACCAUUACUUGUCCACAUUUACGCGAAUGAGGAUGAGGAUGAUGAUGAUAGAGAACCGCGACGAUCAUCACCACUUUGGAUCAAAACAGAGAGAGCUCUGUUUGAGAAUUGGCCAAUGAUGAAAAAUGAAUGGGAAAGUGGAAAAACAAGAACCCCAGAUGGAUUGAUUUUUGUUGAAGAACUUCGAGAUGAAGAAAAUAAUGAAAAUCACAAUAUAUUACAAGAAGAUGCAGAUGAAGUGUUGACGAAAUCUUGGGGUGUGAUGGUACAGGGGAAAGGAAUUGAUCAAACUGGACCUGCUUGUUAUUUAUUGAAGACUAGCAGAGUUAGAGCUGGUAGAGGAAUGGAUUUAUUUUGUACACAUUUUUGUUUAGUAAGAGUUAAGAAUUUUAGGGAAAGUGCUAUGAAACAAUUUAAAAGUUGUUGGUUGUGACAAAAUUCA